CCCAAUUUCCUUUUUUCUUUUCUGUUUCAUUUUAGUGCCACAGGCCGCACCACAGUCCCAACUCUCAAAUAUAUCAUCACUUUGUCUGAUGAGUAACAAAUCUUGCAUCAUUAUGAGCACAAAGCCAUAUGGUAGAUGAUGAUGCCUUGUCAUGAAACUCGCAGGACCUACUUCUCGUCUCUUCGCCACCUUCUCAAACGCCGCGAGUGUUCAAGACUUCAAUCUCCGGCACUUCAGCAAAGAGCUUCAUGGACGCCUCAUCAGAACGCAACGGCACACCGACUCAUCUUCCAUGUCCGACGUUAUCCUGUCCUACGCUCUCUCCCCGGCCACUCUGCACAAAGCCCAUCAAGCUUUCGACCAAAUCAGGCGACCCACUUUGCCAAUUUGGAACCUUAUAAUCCGUGGUUUGUCCCAGAGCGAGCGAGCCGGUGAAGCAAUUAGCAUUUAUCAUCGAAUGCGAGUCCAAGGAUUUACCGGCAACAAUCUCACCAUCAUUUUCGUUCUCAAGGCUUGCGCUCGGGUCUCGGAUAUUGUAUGUGGACAGAAGCUUCAUGUUCAUUCGCUGAAACUUGGGUUUGGAUCCUAUCUUUAUGUUUGCAAUGCUUUCCUUCAUAUGUAUGGCUCGUGUCGCCACUUGGGUUUUGCGCGGAGGUUGUUUGAUGAAAUGCCCGACAGAGAUUUAGUUUCUUGGAACUCGUUGAUUUGUGGGUACAGUCAGUGUAAAAGGUUCAAGGAAGUUUUGCGGUUGUUUGAAGGAAUGCAUGUGGAAAAUGUGAGGGCUGAUGCCGUGACGAUGGUUAAAGUUGUGUUAGCUUGUAGCCAUUUAGGAAAUAAAGAAAAAACUGAUGCUGCGGUUAAAUAUAUUACUGAUAAUCAUGUGGAAAUUGAUGUUUACUUGGGAAACACUUUGAUAGAUUUGUAUGGACGGAUUGGUUCGGUGGGAUUGGCACGGGAGGUGUUUGACCGGAUGGCGGAGAAAAAUUUGGUUUCUUGGAACACCAUGAUCAUGGGAUAUGCAAAAUCAGGGGAUUUAGCUGCCGCAAGAAUGAUGUUUGAUGAUAUGCCAAACAGAGAUGUGAUUUCUUGGACUUCUAUGAUCGCGGGUUAUUCUCAAGCUAAUCAAUAUUCUGAUGCAGUAAGGCUUUUUCAAGAAAUGAUGGCAGCUAAGAAUAAACCAGAUGAAAUCACCGUUGCUAGCGUGCUUUCAGCUUGUGCCCGCUUAGGCAUGCUGGAUGUGGGUAAGACAGUACACGAGUAUAUCCAUGAGCAUAACAUAAAAGCUGAUGUUUAUGUUGAGAAUUCUCUCAUAGAUAUGUACUGUAAAUGUGGACUAGUUGAAAAGGCAUUGGAAGUGUUUCAAGAGAUGAAACAGAAGGAUUCUGUCUCUUGGACUUCAAUCAUCUCAGGCCUUGCUGUGAACGGCAGUGCUGAUGAUGCACUCAAACUAUUUUCACUUAUGUUAAGCGAAGGUGUUAAGCCUACUCAUGGAACUUUCGUUGGGAUAUUACUUGCUUGCACUCAUGCUGGUUUAGUAGACAAGGGAUUGGAAUACUUUAGAAGUAUGGUAAAAGAUCAUGGGUUAGUGCCAGAAAUGAAACACUAUGGUUGUGUAGUCGAUCUUCUAAGCCGUUCUGGCAAUGUUGAUAGGGCAUAUGAGUUUAUCAAGGAAAUUCCCAUGGUUCGAGAUGCUGUAGUAUGGAGGAUGCUGUUGAGUGCUUGCAAGCUUCAUGGGAAUGCGGUCCUAGCUGAGAUUGCUAAGAACAAACUUAUUGAAUUGGAUCCCCUGGACAGUGUCAAUUAUGUUCUUUCGUCAAACACAUAUGCGGGAGUGGAUAGAUGGGAUGAUGCCAUAAAAAUGAGAGAAUUAAUGGAGGAGGGCGACGUGAAGAAACCAACUGGUUGGAGUUCCAUAGAACUAAACGGUAUCAUAUCUGAUAAUUCUGAAGGAGGGUCUCUUUCCCAAAGUUCCCUAGAGGAAUGAAUUGACAACAGUACCUGUAUGUUUUCGAGGAUUUCUAGUGUGCAAAAGUUUAUGGUGAAUUUGAGCAUAUAUUAGCCAUAGGCUUUGAGAACCCAAUCUUUCCCUCAUAUUGAAUUAGUUGGUACUGCCAGCAGGAUGAUUCUAUUUUUUUUUAUGCAAAAUCCAAAUGUUACCCUGCCAGACCUGCUUCUUCUUGGAAAAUGAGUUUAGCUGGGGUUUUUUUGGACCUCAGUCCUCUGUUAGCAUAAAUUUUAAUGACAGGUAGCAUCAUAGUUGUGAAACAAGAAAGGAUUGGAUUUAUAUUCAAUACACAAUCGGACAAUUU